AUGUGGUUGUUAUGUCCACACUUUGGAAUACGAAUAUGGAUAUGUGCCGGCUCGUCCAUGUGCCUACCCGCGCAAUUCCUCUCCCACACCACCUCAUAUCAAACAGCCUUGAGGAAGUCACUUAAGCCCGCCGCACACUACCUUACCACAUGUCACAUCUUCUCUUUUCCAUUUCUUCCUUUCCCAUCCGCGCAGGGCGCUCAGGUAGGGGUUUUUUUCCCCCUUCUUCUUCUUCCUUUUGAACCACACGAUCCUCCAUGCCCCUACAACAACAACCAAAAAGCAGGUCAACCACAAGGACACCAAAAAGCUCCACGUCUUUGA